GGAAGCUUUUUCUGGGAAAAAUAAAAGGCAAAUAAUGUGCACAAUUUGAACCAACUCUUUGCUUUUGCCCGGAAAGAAUCAAACUCACAUCUUUCAUCCCUAGCCGUCCAUCUCAAAUCUGAUGGCCUCAGCUACAAUGUAAGAAAGGCUUCAUUGGAACAGUAUAAAUGGAGUUGUGUGUUCAGAUAUUGCAAAAGAAAAGAGCAACAAUGGAAGGCUCUGCUUGCUCUCUUCCCAUAACCACACUCAUCUGCCAUGAAGACCAAUCUUUCUCUAUUGAAGAUGAGGAGAUAAAAGAGCAGGAACUGCUUCAGCCUUCUUUUGACUCCUUGCAUUUAUUAGAUACAGAGGAGGACUACAUAGAGAUUCUAAUAUCCAAAGAAAACAACACUGAAUGCACAUAUAUUGAGUUCCUUAACAACAAAUGGCUUCGCUGCGAAGCAAUCCAAUGGAUUCUAAAGAUGAAAGAAUGCUUCGGCUUCAGCCCCCAAACUGUGUUCCAGGCAGUCUGUUAUUUUGAUCGUUUUUUGAUGAGACGAAGCAUUGAUGAUGAGAAGUCUUGGGCACGACAGUUGUUAGCAUUAGCAUGUCUGUCAUUAGCAGCAAAAAUGGAGGAAGUUAGUUCUCCUGCAUUAAUGGAUUAUCAGACAGGACAGUGCUGUUUUGAUUCCAUUACUAUCCAAAGAAUGGAGCUCCUUGUCUUGAGCACAUUGGAUUGGCGCAUGAGCUCAGUGACUCCACUUCCUUAUAUUAAUUACUUCGCUAAUAAGCUCUAUGGCAAGAACUUUUCAAAGGAGUUGCUCUCAAAAUCCAUCAGUUUCAUAUUUUCAAUCCUUAAAGAGAUCAACUUGGUGGAAUUUCGAGCUUCAGUGAUAGCUGCUGCUGCUGUUCUAGCUGCAACAGAUCAGAACUUAACAAUAAAAGCUCUAGAGUCUAGAAUGAAAUUAGUUUCCUCUUCAGGACUUCUGGAAACAGAACUUGUAUAUUCAUGCUACAAUCUGAUGACUUGGGAAUCGAAUAAGAGGUCAAUAAUAUCAAAUUCACCUGAUUCCUCCGAGCUGUUAGAAUCAACCAUAGACAACUUUGUUGAUGUCAGCUCCAGUUCCUCCAUUGCUAGCAAUAGCAAUAAGAGAAGAAAGUUGCAGAAGUUUCAAAUUGAUUAAAGUGCACUUUUACACAUACUUUCAUGUGUCAAUAGAGCCUGGUGCAGUUUUUUUAGCACUACAUAAGAUGUGUCUUGUUUUAAGAAAAAAAAAAGAAAAGCUGACUGAAGAGGUAAGAAGAAAAAAAAAAGGCUGAAAGGCCAACAAAAACUGAAGGGAAUAGUGUUUGAUUAUGAGGUUAAGGUCCACAAAUCUUAUCAUUCAUUCAUGAAUUUAUUUCUGAAAUGGUGAGUGGGCUGAGUGCUUUGACAGUCUCAUGACCUCCUCUGAUGAAGUUUUGUGGCUGCUUUGGAUGCUUUCUUUUCUCUGAAAAGGUUGGAGAUGUCUUUGAACACAGUGUUUUGCCUGUGCUUGGGGUUGCGUUUGCAGUGUAAAAAAGAUUUAUUUGAUUUGAUUUCUUUUGGAUCUUCUUGGAAAAGGAAAAUGGUGCUUCCUGUGCUCCCUUUUUAGGCAUCAAAUCACAAAUAUGCUUUUAUAGCAAUCCUUUAUUUUCAUU